AUGGUCGUCCGCUUGGCGCCUAGUGAAAGGCCCGAAGGCCAGGCCAGUCUCCAUGCGAGACAGUUGACCAAAGAAGCGAUUUUGUCUUCAAACGAGGAGAAUUCGACGCCGACAAAACAACCUCUGCCAGGAUGGCACCUGGCUAUGGCGGCUCCAUGCCAGCUCGGCACUGACAGGGCGCCGUGGGGCUCAGAAGUGGAUCAGAUUCAGCGGGCGGCCUUCCCCUACCACCGCGACCUGGCAGAGCCCAUCGUUGGGUUGGUCAUGGCUGGGGGCCUCAAGCAGACUGAGAAGAUGCAGGGAAGUGUGACAUUGGAAGCGGCCACCUUUCUUCAAUUUUCGGAGAUCUUGCAUUUGAUGGGGCGAAUCUUGGACGGAGCCAGCUUCGAGGGCCACACCGUGGACGGCACCCCGGUGGAGCCGGGCGCAGCGCCGGUGGCCACCUUUGACCAAGAUAGGCGCACAGUGUUUGCAGCGCAGCCCAUUGGCUACGGAAACUCCAGCCACUAUCGCUUCAUCCCGUUCUGCAAUGCGUCCUGGUGUGCCGUGAAUGAGCUCCGCUUCCGCUUUCAAGAGGAGGAGGACGUGACUCUUCGGAAUGGUGCCAUUUUGAUUGAUUUCCCUGCAGCAACACUGGUGGAUGAGUUUUCCAUCUCCAUCCCCUACAACACCACAGACAGCGUUCCAGACCGCUGGAUUUUGCAGGGCAGCAAUGACAGGGUGCGGCGCUGCGUCCUGUCGGGAGCGCCCAGCUACCAGGCCAUGCCGGACGGAACCUAUGCGCAGAUGAUGGGCGAGACCAAAGAGGGCCGGACCGUGUACCGGGAAGCCUCAGGCCGCUGGGACCAGAAAAGCAUACCGGAAGGUGCCAUCAUCUAUUGGGAUCAGACCACGCUCAGCUGGUGGGUGAGCCCUCGUUUGCAGCAGGGCGGCUAUGGUGCUAUCCGUUGUGUGGGCGACGUCACCGAUCCUCACCUGUUGAGCCAAGCCUCGUGUGUGGGAUGGAAUGGGCAGUUUUGGGAUGUGGCUCCCAACGUGUCCUUCGAGUGCCAGGGAAAUGAAUGGAUAGUCCUUCACAACCAAAGCAGGUCCUAUCCGUUGCCCGAUGUGCCGUCAGCCCCGGUGCGGUGGUUUAAGGUCUCUCGCAUCGGCGUGAAUUGGGAGCUUAUCAUCGAGGAUUUGCCGGGCUUAGUGGGCCAACUUGUCACCGACCCCAACGAUGGCUAUGUCGCUGCUCGUGUCACCGAGGGCGGUGAGAACAAAUUGAAGAACCUGGGUCGAAUCGAAGGCAGCAGCAAUGACCGCUGCUCAGUGGCGCUACGGGUGAACCUUAGCUUCGUGGAAUCUUCGGACCCCGGACACGCAAUCGAUUGCAAAGCCACGGCCUUUGGCAUUGGAGGAUGGCUGUGGCCCGACUCUGUUGGGGAAGGGAAGCUGUGGCUGACGUGUGCCAAUGACACGGAGUUCGAAGCGGACAACUGGGUGCAACGAUAUGCGGAGGCCACAGCGGAUAGCAGCUUCUCCUUCACCUCGGAUCUUGGGAAGUCGCCAGACUCUCAUGCAUUGAAGGCCCAGGUGGCCCGAGCCUUGGAGCUGGCAGUGGCGCCCACGCUGCUGGCCGGGGUCUCGUUGUCGGGGCCCACGAGCUACUUCGUCUGCCCAUUAGGGAGCAAUUGCAGCUUCUCUCCGGAGCUGGAGGUGAGGGUCAUCAAGGGCGAAACCACCUGUGGUUGUGAAGCCCAGGUCUUGACCAUCGAAACCCAUGGUUUUUACAAGGCUUGCUACUGUCUGGCUGGUGCCCUUGACAGCAGCAGCGGCGCCUGCGCAUCCGACGGUGACUUCAGCAGCUUCGCUGGGAAUGUGCUGGGCGCUGGACCGGAGCCAGGGCGGCUGCUGGCGAUGAGCAUCAGCUUGGGGGUCUCCUGGGAGUCCAGCGUCACCGGCUUCACCACGCAGAUGGAGGUCUAUCGAAACAUGCUGGAGUAUGCCACCGGCUUGAGCUUUAGCACUUUGAGCUUUCCAUCCGUGGUGAAGAUCUCCAAUGCAUCAGCUCCCACCUGUGGCUACAACCCAUCGGCCUGCGACCUGGUGGGCGAAGUCUUCUGCACUUUGGGGGAGCACUGUGUGGUCAGCCUCAAUGGCACCUCGAUGAGGACCUUCAAUGGCUUGAAGCUAGUGCACAAGUCGCAUAGCUGUGAAACUGCCUUGGCCCACCCAGCAUUGGCUGCGUUCGAGACUCUCAUCAAUCCGAAGGAGGGAUGCACUCGUAGCGAUGGGUACAAGGCCACGUACAGACCGGUCCACCACUGGGACAUGGGCUUCUCAACAAGAGGUGCUUCGGAGGUGGCUGAGGAACCCCCUGGCCCGGGGCUCUACAAGCUCUGCUGGUCCUACGAUCCACAGGCAAAUGUGUCCAGCACGGGGGAGGACUUCUCCAUUUACCGGGAUGCAGGAUACAUGACAAUGUUGGGACCGUUGGCCAUGGACUUCGAAUGCUUCCUCCAUUUUCCGUGCAUCAUCAACAUCAGCGGCAUUGGUCUGGCGGCUAGCAACAAGGUUCUGCUGAUUGAGAUCACCAGCCGUUGUGGUGACCCCAACAUCUCGGCGUUGGAUGACCGCUGGUCAACGUCCAACCCCACGGCUGUGACCCAAGAUUCUCAAGGCAGCUUCAACCUGUACUCCUUCGGCAUCAAUGCUGGGAAGCAUGGUGCAUCCCACCGGAUUUGCUGGGCUCAUGAUCCAGAGAGGGAGGGUUCGCUGUCGGAUUCCACCCUCUACCGAGUGGAGAUCGACCCGGACCUGCGAUGGUUUCGCCUCAGCGCCGUGGUGGACUGCGUCGUGCUGGGGAGGCCCUGCCACAUCACGGUGAUGGGGAGUGGAAUCCUGCCAUCCAGCAAGAUCCUCCUCAUCAGCAAUGAGGGACGUUGUGGGGCCACCAAUGCCACGGCUGUGAGCAUCGCAGGUCUCUCCAAUCCCACGGCUGUGGAGUCCGACACGGCCGUGCCCAGCGUAGAGGGGCUCUAUGCCUUGGGCGCUUUGCUGGUUGAGGCGCUGCCGCUGGGCGUGCGGAUCUGCUGGGGCAGCAAUCCGAAGAAUGGGAGUGCAGUGGACUUGGAGGACUAUCCUUUCGAGGUCGCCUACCCGAUGCACUACGCAAGCACAUCCUUCUUCGAGGGCAGAGUGGGUGCCAUCGGGUUGGUACAGCUGGACAGUGAGAAAGCUGACAAGCAUCGAGUUUUGGCCCUCUACUCUGAUCCUAGCGACACGCCGGAGACGAGCAACACACUGGUGGGCUCUCCCACAGAGUGGGCAGACUACGAUUGCUGUAGCAUGGCAGGCCAUGCUGCAGGUGCCGUGCUGCGGGUCGAUGCCACCAAUCGGGCAUUGCCUGCAGGAGGAUACGUCUUCCACCAGCGGCCCUCCGAUGGCUAUGCAGCGGUGGCGUUGACCAUGCGGCGCCCACUGAAGCAAGGGCUACUGGACUGCGAGAGCUGUGAUGAUUUUACCUCCAAGCACACAGACUAUGUCGUAGUCACAGGCAUCCAGGGAACCUGAUGAUGCUGAAGGCUCAACCAACAGGCCCUCAGUGGGCGCCCACAUGGCAAGCUCGUCGAGCGACCCAGCACUUCCACUCCAUGCCUCCGGAGGGCUUGGGUGAUUGGGAGGAUGCAUUCAGACCGUGCAUCACCAGUGACCCAUAUGCAGCUUGUGCGUACACAAGCCGUGAGGCUGUAGAGUCGCAGAAGG